AGGACCAAGAAAUUAAGACUGAGGUAAAGGUUGAGGAAACUGAGGAAGUUAAACUGGCUGAGAACCAUGAGGACCACCAGGACCCAGAACCGGACCACCAGGACCCAGAACCAGGUUGCCACACUCUGGACACCACCCAGACCCAAACAUCUGUCUCCUCUGGUCUACAGUUUCAGGAAAUGUCUUCCACCCUGCUCUGCUGUCCCAUCUGCUAGUCCUGCCUGUGGAAACAUCUGAAGGAUGUUCACCACGUGAAAAAUGUGUCAAAGCCACAGCUGACCUGGUCGAGCGGUCGCACCAACAUUCAGUCACAUCCAGAGCCGACUGUAGAUGAGAGGGGCGAAGAGUUGAACCGGGCAACGACCGCCGAAGCCCCUCGGCUGGAGGAGAGGAGCGGGACGCGGCCAGGCUGCACUCAGCUCUUCAAGGCAGUCAAGUCACGACUCAGAAAGCUGGAGUGGGACAAGAGCGAACUGGAGGCAAGAGUGGGUCAGCUGGAGCGGGUCCUGGUGGGGGCGCAGUGCAGCGCUGCGGCCGACAGGGCGGAGGAAGGCCGUCAGCCGGCGGGUGGACCGUCGGACCCGGGUGUUUCUGCAACGCAGCGCAAGAGGCGGAGGCAGCGGGCACUGGGCGAGGCAGCGGACGGCGCCUCGUCGGGCCGUUCCUCCGGGACGCAGCCUGACCAAGGAGCAGGAACCACGUCUGACCUCACCAAGGUCGUCACAAAGACUCGGAUGGAGAGGAUCUCGUUCAAGGGCCAGAAGGUCGCGUCAGCGUUGACCUCUACAGGAGAUCCCAGUCGGGCCCAGUGGAUCUCUGGGACAGGAAGAGGACAUCUGAUGAAACGCCUCCGUCUGCCCAAGUCCAUGAACGAGUCCCUGACCCGGUUCCAGCUGGUCCUGCAGCCGGGUCUGGAGGCCACGCCAAGAGCCAAGAAAGAGGCUUUUACCCGACUCAGAGGGGUCAAGGCCUUCCUCCACUUUAUGUCUGUGGGAUACUUGAGGCUGUCGGACUGGAGCUUCUUACACAAUGUGGCCAGGAUACGUUGCUGGGUCAAGGUGAUGCUCAGCAGAGGGAAGAAGUUCAGCAGGGUCCGGUCCUACCUCAGCAGCGCCUGCCGGUUCCUGGAGUUCCUGCAGGCCGCUCGGCGCCGCCGCCCGAUUUCAGCCACUCAGACGCAGGCGGCUGAAAUCCUCCAGGUCCUGAAGAAGACCAGGAGGGACACGGGCCGCAGAAACGUCUCCCACCUGAAGCUAUCGAGUCCGGACGCCAUCGCCACCUGCCUCCGGCUGGCUCCAGGCCGGGUGGAGAGCCUCCUGGCGGAGCUGGAGACGGACUGCAGUGCCACUCGGAGCCUCUACCUGCUGUAUGGCUUCCUGGCAGCGUACUGGGCCUGUCUCAGCGGACUCCGGCCCAGAGUGUUCACCACCUUGACAGACGCCGACGUCUCCAAGGCAGAGAAGGAGAUGACGGAGGAGGGCAUCCUGAUCAGCGUGGCCGAGCAGCAGACGGCGCCCCGGUCCGGUGAGGCAGCCCUCGCCUUGACGUGCCGGGAGUUUGCUUGGAUGGAGCGACUCGUGGCCAUUAAAGCUCAGCGGGGCGGCACCAGCAAAUACACCCUGUUCACCACAGGGAUGAAGAACUUCAGAAAGAUAAACCGCUACGUGAAACUAGCCUGGGCAGAGAUGGGCCUGAGCGGCAAGAUCAACAUCACGCUAAUCAGGACCAUCAUGGCCGACUGCGCACAAUCCGCCCCGAUGAAGGGUUCUGGGAAACGGGUCGGCACAGCCAAGGCUCACCGGCUUAAGGUCAACCUGUGCGCCGCCUCUCUGCCGGACGCCAUGAAGGUGAGGCGGUUGGUGGCCUCCAAGCUGGCGGCCCAACAACACCCAGAGCCGCUCUCAGGUCCCAAACCCUCCACCGCCACCAAAUCCUCCACCGCCCCCCAGCUCUCCUCCACCCCUCGGUGCUUCUCCACCCCUCGGUGCUCCUGGAGCAGCAGAAUUCUGCAGGAGGACUCCGACUCCGACUCCGACCUGGAGGAGUUUGGCUCCUCAAGUUUGCCGUCAAACUCCAAAGCUGGCAGAUACAAUCUGAAGUCUGAGGGAGCGGCUGGCGAUGCCUCGAAGAGAAGAAACAUGGCCGCCUGCUUUGUCAAACUGAGCCCCUUAAAGAUACCAGCCAGAGACUGCAGCCAGCAACCUACAGGUCAACAGGUCACCAGAAAAACAUAUGCCCUAAGGAAAAGAACAUGCCUUAAGAGGAAAUAUACGUUUUGAAGAACCAGUUGGCUGAAAAAACUUCCCACAGUUUUGGUGGUUUGAGUUGAAUUGUUUUCCUGUUAGCACUGGUUUGGUUCUGGUUCUGGUUUAAUCUAGACGUGUUUCCUGUUCCUGCAGGUCAGAUAAACCUUUUGUUCUUUCAACUGCUGGAGUCUCUCCAGUUUGGAGGGUCCAGGUACCGACAGGAAGGGCGGUUCAGACCGCAUGUUCCAUGAAGUGUUUGGGGGCGGGGCAUCAAC